UCCCUGCAGACAGGAAGCAGCCCAUGAAGUCCACUGCCCCAUUGAAGAAUAUCCCACCCAACCCUUGCACUCCCCCACUCUGUAACCCAGCAUUUCCGAUGGCCAAUCCACCUAACCUAUACAUAUAUGAACAAUCUGAGGAAACCAGAGCACCUGGCUGAAAUCCACAUAGACACAGGAAAAAUGUGCAAACUCCACAAAGUCACCCCCUGACGCUGGAAUCAAACCUGAGUCCCUGGUGGUAACAACUUAAGCACAUUGCUGCCUGACUUCUGCUAAGAAAAGUACAUCAUAGAAUUUCAGCGGAGAGGUAACACCUGACGAACCUAUCCCAACAGUCACUUCAUCAGAGGUCAGAUCAGUUUUCCUUCAUGUGAAUCCAAGAAAAGCCAUGGGACCAGACGGAGUACCAGGCCGUGUUAACAGAGCAUGCGCAGAUCAACUGGCAGAGGUCUUCUCGGACAUUUAACCUCUUCCUGCAGCAGGCCACUGUCCCUGCCUGUUUCAAGAGGGCCAACAUCAUCCCUGUGUCUAAGAAAGUUCAUACAGCAUGUCUCAAUGACUACCGCCCAGUGCUGUAACUUCGGUGGUCAUGAAGUGCUUGGAAAGGUUAGUCAUGGCAUUAAUCAAUUCCAACCUUCCCACUACUCUUGACCCACUCCAAUUUGCCUAUCAGACCAACCGAUCCACAUCAGAUGCCAUAUCACUUGCGCUUCGCUCCUCCAUAGAACAUCUUGACACCAAGAACAGCUACGUAAGAAUCCUACUCAUUGACUACAGUUCUGCCUUCAACACCAUUAUCCCCUUGAGACUGAUCACUAAACUCAGUGAUCCCAAACUAAGCCCCACUCUCUGCAACCGGAUCCUUAGUUUCCUGACGCACAGGCCACAAUCAGUGAAAAUUGGGGACAAUAUUUCAUCAUCACUAACAUUCAACACUGGAGACUCCCAAGCCCCCGACUGUACUCACUGUAUACUCAUGACUGCAUCACCAAAUACCAGACUAAUGCCAUUUACAAAUUCGCUGAUGACACCGUCAUAGUCGGUCAAAUCUCAGAGGCGAUGAAACAGACUACAGACGGGAGGUGGAAGACCUGGGAAAAUGGUGCACUGAGAACAACCUAGCUCUUGAUGCCGGCAAAACCAAGGAACCCAUUAUUGACUUUUGGCGGGAUGUUACCCAUGCCACCCCUCCCCCUGCACAUUAAUACCACAGAGGUGGAACGAGUAGAGAGUGUCAAGCUCCUGGGAGUGGUCAUCCACAACAAGCUUUCUUGGACUCUUCAGGUGGACACACUGGCUACAAAGGCCCAACAACAUCUCUUCUUCCUCAGGCAGCUGAGGAAAUUUGGCAUGACAGCAAAUCCCUUUGCCAACUUUUAUACAUGCGCCAUCGAGAGCAUCCUGUCUGGAUGUAUCACUACCUGAUAUGGCGAGUGUACCAUUUAAGAUGGGAGUCAGUUACAGAGAGUGGUCAACUUGGCCCGGACAAUCACAAAGGCCAUCUGUAGAAUCUAUCUACCAGGCCCGCUGUCAAGGAAAGGCUGCCAGCAUUCUCAAAGAUCCAUCCCGCCCUGGCAAUGUUUUUCGAAACCUCUAUCAUCAAGGAGAAGGUACAGAAGCCUGAACACACGCACCAGCCAGUUUCGUAACAGUUUCUACCCUAUUGGUGUUAGAAUACUGAAUGGACUCUUAACAUUUGCCUGUACCUGUGUUUUUGUUUUUGUCACUGUUUACCUAUUAUAUCAGUGGGCGGCACAGUGGUUAGCACUGCUGCCUCACAGCGCCAGAGACCCGGGUUCAAUUUCCGCCUCAGGCGACUGACAGUGUGGAGUUUGCACAUUCUCCCCAUGUCUGCAUGGGUUUCCUCCAGGUGCUCCGGUUUCCUCCCACAGUCCAAAGAUGGGUAGGUCAGGUGAAUUGGCCGUGCUAAAUUGCCCGUAGUGUUAGAUGAAGGGGUAAAUGUAGGGGUGUGAGUGAGUUGCGCUUCGGCAGGUCGGUGUGAACUUGUUGGGCCGUAGGGCCUGUUUCCACACUACGAUUCUUGAUCGAUACUGGUGAGCCAGACAUGCCUGAAUACAUCAACAGUUUAAAAGAAACUUUGACCCAACUGAAUGCCAGUAUUCAAGAAAUUCUGGUGACACACUGGCAUAUAGAUCAUGUUGGAGGCAUACCAGAUAUACUGAAGGAUAUUGUUGAUGAAGGUAGUCAUCUUCAAAUUAGAAAACUUUCACACAGUCCACCUCAAAAAGAGACCAUCAGAACCUGUGACAAACAGUACACAUACCUCAAAGAUGGAGAUUUAUUGGAAACCGAAGGAGCCACACUGAGGGUCAUUUACACACCAGGACAUACCACUGAUCACAUGGCAUUAUUGCUGCAAGAGGAAAAUGCCAUAUUUUCUGGAGACUGUAUUCUGGGAGAAGGCACAGCAGUAUUUGAAGACUUGUACACUUAUAUGCAAUCUUUGGAAAAGUUGUUGAAUAUAAAUGCUGACUUAAUAUAUCCAGGACAUGGCCCAGUUGUGCAAGAUGCAUCUGAAAAAAUUCGAGAGUACAUAGCUCACAGAAACUUGAGGGAACAACAGAUUUUAACGGUUUUUCAGGAGGAUUCAGAGCAAUAUUUCACCCCAAUGGAACUUGUUAAAAGUGUUUAUAAGGAUACUCCAGCACAUUUACAUCAAGCAGCUGAAGUUAAUCUCACCCACCACCUGAAAAAGUUGGGAAAAGAAGGGAAAAUAACCCAAGAUGAUACAACUCAUAAAUGGAAAAGCAAUUUGUAAUGCUUCUUCACACACUUAAAUCGAUAAAAUGGAUUUUUGUAUCAUUUUCAAAUAAGGUUACUUGGAUUUUUAAAGAUUUAAUUUUGCCUUAAAUGCUAUAUUUGGGUUUUAAAACAAAUGCUGGAAAUGCUUUCUGCUGAGGGAAAGCAGAGGUGUGUUUCAUGUCAGUGAUCUUUUGUUAAAACUGUAUUCUAUUUUGUUGGGUUUAACGUCAGAGAAUAAAGUAUGCUGCAUAUUGCUUUGGAGGAGAAUUUCCAAAGCAGUUUACCCGAAAAAAUUGAGUGAAUGACUGAGUUAUUUUCUCAAAAUGUUCACAAAUAUAGCGGGGGAAUCCUAUUAGAAGUUCUACCCCAUUGUAGUUUUAUAAUACUUAUUCUGAGUAGUGUUGUAAUUUUGUAGUUUGUUACAUGACAGAUUACAAGUUAUUAUAUCCAUUGAGCAUAAUUCUCAUAAGUCUUCAAACUGACAACUAUGUAAUUAAAUCCUUUGUACAAUGCACUCCACAUUAAAUCUGUAAGUACCACAUUUAACCUUCAAGUAAUCGGUAAAACAAGCUGUGAUUUUUUAUUUCCUUAAUGGCUGAAUUAAGCGAUUUGUAGUAUUGACUUAGUGAAAUAUUAAACUCCCCAACAAAAACAGUUGGCUUUUAAAAGAUUGAAAUUUCAACCAGUCAUGGCACUGAGCUUAUUUUGAAAGUAACACGAAUAUCACCUUUAUUUCUGACCUUGCUGAACAUAUAUAUGUAUAAAUUGCAAUCAGUUUGUAUUUACUCAGCACUGUUAAAAUAUCUCUGUUAAAAUUGUCUCUUUGUUCAGUUGCUGCAUUUAAAAGUGAUUGUUAUUAAAACAAGGUUAAAUAUAUUCAUCACAAUGAUCAGAGGUGUGUUGGAUUGUUAGAUGGGUGAAUAAAAAGCUCAGCACAAUAAAACAUGGAGACAAGGUAAAAACAAGUUAUAAAAUGUGGAAGACCAUGUAGAAGAAUGUUAGAGAAACAGUUCUGGUCGCCCUACUGUAAGAAAGAUGUGGAUGCUUUGAAGAGGUUUCAGAGGAGGUUUACCAGGAUGCUGCCUGGACUGGAGGGCUUAUCUUAUGAGGAGAGGUUGACUGAGCUAGGACUUUUUUCAUUGGAGAAAAGGAGGAGAGAGGGGACCUAAUUGAGGUAUACAAGUUAAUGAGAGGCAUAGAUAGAGUCGAUGGCCAGAGACUAUUUCCCCGGGGCAGAAAUGACUAACACAAGGAGUCAUAGUUUUAAGCUGGUUGGAGGAAAGUAUAGAGGGGAUGUCAGAGGCGAGUUCUUUACACAGAGAGUUGUGAGAGCAUGGAAUGCGUUGCCAGCAGCAGCUGUGGAGGCAGGGUCAUUGGGGACAUUUAAAAGAUCCCUGGACAUGCAUAUGGUCACAGAAAUUUGAGGGUGCAUACAUGAGGAUCAGUGGUCGGCACAACAUCGUGGGCUGAAGGGCCUGUUCUGUGCUGUACUGUUCUAUAUUCUAAAAGAAAGCAAUGAGAAAUGCAAGGAAGAAUCCGGAUGAACAUGUAAAGAAAACAUUCUUUGAAACAGGUGAAGAAAUUGAGGUCUGGUCUCCUUCGCCAACUGUAUGUAUUGCUUGUACUGGAACUGUACUGCUGCUUUAUUAUAAACAGUAUCACCUUUGGCCUACUAUGAGAUCAUCACACUUGACAUGUCUACAGCUAUCUGUUUUAUUGUUCAUAAUAGCUAUCUGAUCUGGUUAACAGAAUUAAA